CUACCUGUUCCUCAACGUGUAAAGGUUUUUGUUUCCUAACAAUAUCCACGGUUCAUCGGGGACGGACGGAACUCCGCGGAGCUUGUGUGCAAAAGGCGCAGCUUACAGUGAAUUGCCCCUAUAUACGCAGCUAUUAUUAUUAUCUAUCGGGUGUUCAUUAGGCUUUUCAAUUGAGCUGAAAGAUGCAAGGAGCUGGUAGGAAGCGCCGGGCAAGCGCAGGAGCGGGAAGCAAGGCUCAACAGGGCUCAAAAAAGCAGAAACGGAGCAAAAGCGAUGCUGCAGCCUUACCAGCUACGAAGAAGCGGCGAAGUGCGCCAGAGCCACCUAAAGGCUCAGGGCCAGGGCACGCGACGCCAUACAACUUGAGGACUAGAAGUUCCAUGCCAGCAGCAGGCACUGUUGCCACUGGGACAACGGACAACUCACAGCCAAGCAGCGCUCCAACAAAAGGGCUGCCAAGCAGCGUCAGGCCUCGCAACCCAAACACCAAGGCCACCUGGAAUGAGCUGCCUGCUGAAGUGCUCAAGGUCAUCUGCCAGCAACUCGACGCGUCUUCAGUCCUGUCGGCUCGUAGCGUCACCGCUGGCAUGCGCGAUGCCUGCAGCGGUGUGCCCGUCCAGCUGCGCUUCACGCUGCCCAUGCAAAGCAGCCCCUGGAUGCCGGUGCAGCUCGAGGCCUGGGAUCGCCGCAUCAACGGUGUCGCCGGUCUGCUGGGCAACGGCAAGAUGCGGUCCUCAGAGCUGCAGCUACGCAUGGAAGGAGCCGCCGUUUGGAAGG